CUGGAAACUGACGCUUACUCGAGCCUGAAGACGACGCGCAGAGAAAACUUCAUCCUCAAACAAAGAUGAGUUGCUGCUGUGGACAAAGUCCUGGUUCGGUCCUUCACUGUGGGACAGGUGAGCCAGCAGGGUGAAGAUGACCCAGAGCAUCCUGCUACUCCUCAUCCUGACCUCCUGUGUCUGUGGAGCAACAUUUGUAGUGGACGUGGCACAGAGCUCCUAUCAGGCCGAGGAGAACCAGAACAUCACACUGGAAUGGAGGUUCACCACCAAACCUGACCGUCCCCCCGUCCCCCUUUACAUAUACUGUGAAAUGUUAACUGACCUAAAGGCCUCUGGUCUGUUUCACCUACAUGAAGGUGUCGAGGUCCCAGAGUCUCAGGAUGAACAGUUUGCAGGACGAGUCGAGUGUGACAGAGACGUCCUCGGAGAAGGACGGAUCAGACUUCAUUUGUCCAGACUCAGGACUGAUGACUCUGGCACGUACCUGUGUGAAGUGUUCACGAAUUAUGGUGGCAACAUUGGUGAAUGCAGACUCAACGUCACAGAAGCCAGUGAUCGCCACAAAGAUGAGAGACAAAAUCCAACCAACAAGGGAACAACCACCUGCUGCUCUAUAAUGACUUUGGUUAUAAUGGCACUGUGCUGGAUUUGCUUCUUCUAACCCUACUGGACAACUGUAGUCAAGCAUGAACAUGACUACAGCCAUGCUCUAGUUGCUGGUGCUGGUGCUCUAUUCUCCUCUGUGGGGCUGGACUUAUGGACGGCGGUGCUCUGCAAUUCAUCCUGAGAAAGCCGGGAGCUCUGUGACAAUCCGUUCAACAGUUGUCAAGACAUUUCACUCAAACUGUGAACUUCAACUUCAUGGCGGCGCGAGAGGACAAGUCACCACCACGUCCUCAGACUGUUCGUUUCAGCAGCGGUGGAUGAGAAACUCCCUGUGAUUCAACAACAAGGAAGGAGGUGGAGGCACUGACAGGGAUUCCCUGAAUAUCUCCAUGUCCUCCUAUUGAGGCGCCAUAUAUGAGCAAAUACGUCACGACAACGUCAGCGACCCUUAUAAGGCGUUUCCGCAGGCAACUCGUCAGAGUCGUUUCACUGCUGCAGAGGUUCUUUAUCAGGACAGAAGACCUGGAUCUGAAAGGACGUCCGCUGAAGGAUGGAAGGCUGGACGGCUUCGCUCCUCCUGCUGGUGGUAACUGUGACACACCCAUGUUGUGCAUCAGGGAUGUUUGAGCCUCAGGACUUGGCUCUGAACUACCAGGCAGAGGAGAACAGCAGCAUCACAGCUGAAUGGCGCUUCUCCUCCAAAGCCAACGUUUCCAUCCCCUCGCUGAAGAUCCACUGCGUGUUUGUGACACCUGACCUGAGGGUGUUUUACCAUCUGGACCACAGCGUCGAGGAGCCUCAGCACGAGCAGUUCGCAGGACGGGUGCGGUGCGACAAACACGCUCUGAGAACGGGACGCGUCAGACUUCGUCUGUCCGGAGUCCGGACCGAGGACUCGGGCCGGUACCUCUGCAGGAUGGUCACCCAAUCUGGGAAGAAGGUCAAAGAGUUCUCGCUCCGCGUCGCUGCUAAGCCGACUCAAGUUGCCGUUGAGAUGUCCAAACCUGCCAAACCAGAAGCAAAGCCAGCGAGCCGAGGAAGACCCGGCCUCUAUGCUGGACUGGGACUGGCGGCGGCAGCAGCUGGACUGGCCGCCUGUCGCUGGACUUCACACCGCCUGAAGGGAAAGAGGAGAACCCAGGAGCGGUGUGCAGUGCCUCCUAUAUGAGAUGUGGCGUCUGCUGCCCCCUGCUGCUGUGGAGAGAAAUCCACCAC